UGAUAGAAGAAAGCAACAAAUAAAGAAUAAUAAAAAGGAUUUGUAGAAUUAAAUUGCAAAAGAAGGAAGCCAGAAGUUUUCCACUGGGGCAGAAUUUGAUCUUGUAAGGAAGAGAUUGGAAUCAUGGAAAACCGCUUUUGGAAAAGACAAGGUCUGUAUUUCCUUCUUUUUUUCUCAUUCUUUAGAGUAAUGUGUACUUCAAUUCACUUUUCUGUCCUUGAAGAAAAGAAAAACGGAUUUCUGGUGGCUAAUGUGCUUAAGGAUUUAAAACUGAAAACUGGGGAGCUCUUGAAACGCAAAGCACAUCUGGUUUCUGAGGGCACUCAGGAAUAUUUCCACCUUAACAUCCCUACUGGGAAUUUGUUGGUUCAUAAUAAAAUAGACAGAGAAGCUUUAUGUGGCCAGAAUGACCCUUGUUUACUUCGAUCUCAAAUUGUGCUGGAAAACCCCUUAGACAUCUUUAAUAUUGAAAUCAAAAUAGAAGAUGUGAAUGACAAUGCUCCCAAAUUUUGGAAAAACAAAGUGGAGCUGGACAUUCCCGAGAAUGUUCCUCAAAGUACAACAUUCCGCUUGGAAUCUGCUCAAGAUGAGGAUCUGGGAGAGAAUAGCAUUCGCAACUAUACUCUCAGUCCCAAUGAGCAUUUUCAACUUGAAGUACAUAAGCAGGAAGAUGGAAGUAACAAUAUGUAUCUUGCUUUGAAAAAAAUGCUAGAUAGGGAGAAGGUGCCACAUCUUGGACUGACUCUGAUGGCUAUUGAUGGAGGAGUGCCACAAAAAACUGGCACAAUGCAAAUUAAUAUCAAUGUUUUAGAUAUUAAUGAUAACUUCCCUCAGUUUAGUAAGUCUGAAUAUAAAGUAAAAAUAAAGGAGAACAUUGUUAAGGGAACGCUGGUGACUAAAGUGGAAGCUACAGAUCUUGAUUUUGGUUCGAAUGCACAGAUCCUCUACUCAUUCGACCAAGUGCCUGAAAGAAUAAAUAAUUUGUUACAUUUAAAUGAAAGGACUGGAGAAAUCACCGUUUGGGGACAGAUUGAUUUUGAGAAAGUUAAGAGUUAUAGCAUGAACAUCAGAGCAACAGAUAGUGGGGGACUUUCAGGGCACUGCAAGGUACUGAUAGAGAUUGAAGACGUGAAUGACAAUGCCCCAGAAGUGUCCAUCAUAACUCUGACCAGCAUCUUAAAGGAGGAUUCUCCCCCAGACACAAUGGUGGCCCUCUUCAGUGUUAGAGACCAAGACUCUGGAGACAACAGCAAAACGGUCUGCUCCAUGGAGAUGAACCUCCCUUUUGUGCUGAAAGCCACCACAAACAACUUUUAUCAGCUGGUGCUCCAAAGUCCCCUAGACAGGGAGACCCUUGCUGAGUACAACAUCACCAUCACAGCCAUUGACUGGGGCUCUCCUAGGCUCACUUCAACAAGAAUGAUUAAUAUUCAGAUCUCUGAUGUCAAUGACAACCCUCCGCUUUUUGGAAAGUCUUUAUAUGACAUGCAGAUCUGGGAGAAUAAUAUCCCAGGCUUGCUCAUCGGCUCAGUCCACGCUGUGGAUCUGGACACAAAUCUGAAUGCUAAAGUGACUUACUCUCUUUUGCCUGAGAAGGGUGAUGUCCUAGUGCCCUCUUCCAUCUCGGUCAACUCUGAAACUGGAAACGUGUAUGCCCUCCGAUCCCUGGACUAUGAGCAGAUAAGAGACUUCAGGGUUACUGUGAAGGCGACUGAUGGUGGUUCUCCUUCCCUGAGCUCAGAGGUGAUUGUCCGAAUCAUCGUCAUAGAUGAAAACGACAACGCUCCCUUCUUCCUGUAUCCCCUCCAGAACAGCACGUCCCCAUGCAAUGAGCUGGUUCCCAAGUCGGCUGAGGCCGGCUAUCUGGUCACCAAGGCGGUUGCAGUGGAUGGAGAUUCUGGUCAAAACGCUUGGCUUUCCUAUGAAUUGCUGAAGGCCACGGACCCAGCCCUUUUCAGCAUAGGAGCGCAGAAUGGGGAAGUGAAAGCGAGGAGAGCCCUGAACGAGCGAGACACAAACAGACAGAGGCUAGUGAUACUGGUCAGGGACAACGGUCUUCCUCCCCAGACCAGCACUGCAUCGCUUAACGUUCUUCUUGUGGAUGGCUUUUCGGAUCCCUUCCUGAGGAGGGUGGAUGUCAGUGUGCAAGAACCAGAAGAAGAUAAAACUUUGACCACGUAUUUGGUGAUCUGCUUGGCCGCAGUCUCCUUUGUGUUCCUGUUCUGUAUUGUUGUGUUCAUUGUGGUCAAAGUCCUCAAGAAGGAUCCCCAAAGCACCUUCAGUGCUGCGCCUCCUCACUUCCCACCUGCCAGUGCCGAUACCCCAGAGAACUGUGCUGAUUCACAGAAUGGGUCACUUUCCAGGGCUUACCGUUACGAUGUUUGUUUGACUGGUGGAUCCUUAAGUAGCGAGUUCCGAUUUCUCAGGCCUUUCAUUCCUGUGUUUUCGGUGGGUGAUGUUAACGUCCCAGGGAACUAUAAGACUUCCUCUGGCCCUCAAGACACACCUGAGCAUAUUGCUGGUGAUGGUGCAAAGAAAGAGUCCCUGAAAAAGGCUGAGAAAAUGGAAAUACGUCAUCUUGGCAGGCAAGUGGUCUUGUUCUUUAUUUAUCUAUGUAACUCUGGUAUGUUGUGUGAACCGUUCCGCUAUUCAGUGCCUGAGGAGAAGGAAGCUGGCUCAAUAGUAGCAAAUGUGCUGAAAGAUUUGAAAGUAGAUGUGAAGGAGCUCUCUGCUCGCAGAGCACAGUUGAUUUCUAAGAGUUCCAGGCAGGAUUUCCAGCUGGAUCCUCAUUCUGGGAAUAUCAUGUUAAAGGGUAAACUUGACCGAGAAAUUGUAUUUGAUCAGAAUGACCGUUGCGUUCUAUUCUCAGAAAUUGUGCUGGAAAAUCCUUUGCAAGUGUUCAGAAUUGAAAUUCAGGUAGAAGAUGUGAAUGAUAAUUCCCCUACGUUCUCUAAGAAUCAAUUCCUUUUUGAAAUACCCGAACAGACUCCCGUAAAUACACGUUUCCCUUUGGAGACAGCCCAAGAUUUAGACAAAGGGAAAAAUGCUAUCCAGAACUACAUACUUAGCGCAAAUGAACAUUUUAAGCUGGAUGUGCAAAGUCAAAACGACAGCAACAAAUAUGCAGAACUGCUUUUGGCAAAACCAUUAGACCGUGAGGUGAUUCCUCAGUUUAUCCUCAUUCUGGAAGCUGUGGAUGGAGGGAUCCCAAGAAGAACUGGUACAGCACAGUUAGUUAUUGACAUUCUGGAUACCAAUGAUAAUGUACCCCAGUUUGAACAAUCGGUGUAUAAAGUGCAGCUGAUGGAAAACAGUCAUCCAGGUUCUUUGGUUGCCAAAGUUAAAGCCACUGACAAAGAUAUUGGAUCCAAUGCUCACAUCACUUACACUUUUAGCCAAGUACCAACAAAUGCACUCAGAUCAUUCAAGUUAAACAACCAUACUGGGGAAAUUACCCUUGUAGGGAAAAUUGAUUAUGAAAAAACCACUAAAUAUGAACUGAAUAUCAAAGCAACAGAUGGAGGGGGACUAUCUGCUUACUGCAAAGUCCUUGUUGACAUUGAGGAUGAGAAUGACAAUGCCCCAGAAAUAACAAUAUCAUCCAUCACCAGCCCCUUACCAGAAAACUCUCGCCCAGAAACACUGGUGGCUGUGUUCAGUAUCAAUGAUCAAGACUCUGGAGACAAUGGUAGAACUGCCUGCAACACUGACGCAAACCUGCCCUUUAUCCUAAAACCCACUGAGAACAAUUAUUACCAUCUGGUGACUCAACAGCCAUUGGACAGGGAACAAAUGUCAGAAUAUAAUAUCACCAUCACAGCCACUGACCAAGGUUCUCCCAGGCUCACCUCAAUGACAGUUAUUAACAUUCACAUUUCAGAUGUCAAUGACAACUCUCCAAUGUUUGAAAGAACUUUCUAUGAUUUCCAGUUACGAGAAAACAGCAUUCCAGGUCUCCUCAUUGGAUCAGUCCGUGCUGUGGAUGUGGACACCGAACACAAUGCCAAAGUGACCUAUUUGCUGUUGCCUGGGAAAAUCAGGGAUGGGCCUGCAUCUUCUUACAUCUCCAUCAACUCUGAAACUGGGAACCUGUAUGUCAUUCAAUCUAUAGAUUAUGAGGACAUACAGGACUUCCAGGUGACAGUGAGAGCUGUAGAUAAAGGCUCUCCUCCACUGAGCUCACAAACAAUGGUCCAAGUUCUUAUCACAGAUGAAAAUGACAAUGCUCCCUUCAUCCUCUGCCCACUUCAGAACAGCACUUCUCCAUCAAGUGAUCUGGUUCCCAGGGCAGCAGAGACGGGCUACCUGGUCACCAAAGUGGUGGCAGUGGACAGAGAUUCAGGGCAGAAUUCUUGGCUUUCCUAUCAGUUGCUGAAGGCCACAGAUCCAAGUCUCUUCACUGUGGGGACUCAGAACGGGGAAGUGAAGACCACGAGGCCGGUGACCAACCGCGAUAAUUUCAAACACACUCUUAUUGUGGCAGUUAGAGAUAAUGGCCAUCCUCCUCAGUCUGUCUCUGCCACACUGAGAAUUCUUCUAGUGGAUGGCUUCUCAGAUCCUUACAUGAAAAUUAUGAAUAAUCCUAAGGGUGAAGUCCCACAGGAGGGAGAUCAUACCCUGACAAUGUAUUUGAUUAUCUGCUUGGUUGCAAUCUCAUCCAUUUUUCUGCUUUCUGCCAUGGUGUUUAUUGCAAACAAGUUUCAGAAGCGAAGGACGUUCAUAGGGUCUUCUAAUUCUGCAUCUAAUUUCCCUGUGAGACCGAAUCUGCAAGAGAACUGUGUGGAUCCUAAUAUUGGGACACCUUCCCAGGCCUACAGCUAUGAGGUGUGCUUAGCCGAUGGCUCUCUGAGCAGUGAGUUCAAGUUCCUUAGACCUCUCUUUCCUGUUUUUACUAUGGAGCAGCCAAAAACACUGCUGAAUCCACAGAGUAGAAAUGAUUUCCAUGAUCUUCCUACUCAAUUGGAGGAAAGGGAGCAGAUAUCUCAGGAAGAGACUGGGAACAUGGAAAAUAGCUUUUGGAAAAGACAAGGUCUGUAUUUCCUUCUUUUUUUCUCAUUCUUUAGAGUAAUGUGUACUUCAACUCGCUUUUCUGUCCCUGAAGAAAAGAAAAAGGGGUUUCUGGUAGCUAAUGUGCUUAAGGAUUUGAAACUGAAAACUGGGGAGCUCUUGAAACGCAAAGCCUGUCUAGUUUCUGAGGGCACUCAGGAAUAUUUUCACCUUGAUAUUCAUACUGGAAAUCUGUUGAUUAACGAUAAAAUAGACAGAGAAGCUUUAUGUGGCCAGAAUGACCCUUGUUUACUUCGAUCUCAAAUUGUGCUAGAAAACCCCUUAGACAUCUUUAAUAUUGAAAUCAAAAUAGAAGAUGUGAAUGACAAUUCUCCCAAAUUUUGGAAAAACAAAGUGGAGCUGGACAUUCCCGAGAAUGUUCCUAAAAGUAUGACAUUCCCCUUGGAAUUAGCUCAAGAUGGGGACUUAGGCGACAACAGCAUCCAAAACUAUACCCUUAGUCCCAAUGAGCAUUUUCAGCUUGAACUACAUAAGAAUGAAGAUGGAAGUAAAAAUAUGUAUCUUGCUCUGAAAAAAACACUAGAUAGGGAGAAGGUGCCACAUCUUGGACUGACUCUGAGGGCUAUUGAUGGAGGAGUGCCACAGAAAACAGGGACAAUGCAAAUUAAUAUCAAUGUUCUAGAUAAUAAUGAUAACUUUCCUCAGUUUAGUAAGUCUGAAUAUAAAGUAAAAAUAAAGGAGAACAUUGUUAAGGGAACGCUGGUGAUUAAAGUAGAAGCUACAGAUCUUGAUUUUGGUUCAAAUGCACAGAUCCUCUACUCAUUCGAUCAAGUGCCUGAAAGAAUAAACAAUUUGUUACAUUUAAAUGAAAGGUCUGGAGAAAUCACCGUUUGGGGACAGAUUGAUUAUGAGAAAGAUAAGAGUUAUAGCAUGAACAUCAGAGCAACAGAUGGAGGGGGACUUCCAGGGCACUGCAAGAUACAUAUAGAGAUAGAAGAUGUGAAUGACAAUGCCCCAGAAGUAUCCAUCAUAUCUCUGACCAGCAUCUUAAAGGAGGAUUCUCCCCCAGACACAAUGGUGGCCCUCUUCAGUGUUAGAGACCAAGACUCUGGAGACAACAGCAAAACGGUCUGCUCCAUGGAGAUGAACCUCCCUUUUGUGCUGAAAGCCACCACAAACAACUUUUAUCAGCUGGUGCUCCAAAGUCCCCUAGACAGGGAGACCCUUGCUGAGUACAACAUCACCAUCACAGCCAUUGACAGGGGCACUCCUAGGCUCACUUCAACAACAAUGAUUAAUGUUCAGAUCUCCGAUGUCAAUGACAACCCUCCACUUUUUGAAAAGUCUUUAUAUGACAUGCAGAUCCGGGAGAAUAAUAUCCCAGGCUUGCUCAUCGGCUCAGUCCACGCUGUGGAUCUGGACACAAAUCUGAAUGCUAAAGUAACUUACUCUCUUUUGCCAGGGGAGGGUGGUGAUGGCCUGCUGCCCUCUUCCAUCUCAGUCAACUCUGAAACCGGAAACAUGUAUGCCCUCCGAUCCCUGGACUAUGAGCAGGUAAAAGACUUCAGGGUUACUGUGAGGGCAACUGAUGGUGGUUCUCCUUCCCUGAGCUCAGAGGUGAUUGUCCGAAUCAUCGUCAUAGAUGAAAACGACAACGCUCCCUUCUUCCUGUAUCCCCUCCAGAACAGCACGUCCCCAUGCAAUGAGCUGGUUCCCAAGGCGGCCGAGGCCGGCUAUCUGGUCACCAAGGUGGUUGCAGUGGAUGGAGAUUCUGGUCAAAACGCUUGGCUUUCCUAUGAAUUGCUGAAGGCCACGGACCCAGCCCUUUUCAGCAUAGGAGCGCAGAAUGGGGAAGUGAAAGCCAGGAGAGCCCUGAACGAGCGAGACACAAACAGACAGAGGCUAGUGAUACUGGUCAGGGACAACGGUCUUCCUCCCCAGACCAGCACUGCGUUGCUUAACGUUCUUCUUGUGGAUGGCUUUUCGGAUCCCUUCCUGAGGAGGGUGGAUGUCAGUGUGCAAGAACCAGAAGAAGAUAAAACUUUGACCACGUAUUUGGUGAUCUGCUUGGCUGCAGUCUCCUUUGUGUUCCUGUUCUGUAUUGUUGUGUUCAUUGUGGUCAAAGUCCUCAGGAAGGAUCCCCAAAGCAACUUCAGUGCUGCGCCUCCUCACUUCCCACCUGCCGGUGCCGAUACCCCAGAGAACUGUGCUGAUUCACAGAAUGGGUCACUUUCCAGGGCUUACCGUUACGAUGUUUGUUUGACUGGUGGAUCCUUAAGUAGUGAGUUCCGAUUUCUCAGGCCCUUCAUUCCUGUGUUUUCGGUUGGAGAUGUUAACGUCCCAGGGAACUAUAAGACUUCCUCUGGCCCUCAAGACACACCUGAGCAGGUUGCAGCUAACGGCACAAAGGAAGAGGCCAAAGUUCCUUUGUCUGAAGAUUCUGCUGCCAGAUCUGGAGGCCCAAGUUGCACUGUAAAUCAAGCAAUAGGUGCAAAUAUGAACUCUGGUCAAAGUGACUGGCUUUCCUACCACUAGAUGACAAUAACCAACUCAGCCCAUCAUUCUGUCUCUGUCAGAAGAUACAUGCAAGAAUCCUCUAGCCAGAAAAGAAUGGGCCCUCUGUAUCAAAGAACAUCAGAUAGAAACUUUGGAAACUCAACUGAAAAUAACAAGAAUGCCCUUGUGCUUUUCCCAUUCAUUUUAAACGAGUUUGUGUGGAAUAAUAUACAAAUGGAUUAUACGCAUACAUUUUACCUAAUGGAGUCCUUGAUGCUCUCUGAGCUUGGUUGUUUGCUUGCAGACAUUUCAUAGCCUAACUUCAUCAGCUAAAGAUGUUGCCUAGGCUAGCACUGAAGAUGUUGCUUAGUCGGGCAAUGAAAUGUCCGCAAGCAAACAACCAAGUUCAGAGAGCACCAAGGACUCCACAGUUCAACCCUGAGCUGCAGAUAUUCUCUUCUGUUGGUAUUUUACCUAAUAUAUAACUGCUUUGUUAUUUCUGCUUUGUAGAAUUUUACAAUAGGCUACUGCCUUUUUGACCUAGGAGACUCAGCUGCAUGUUUAUUGUUGUGAUUCUUCUUUGGAUUAUGAUUUAUGAGAUUAUGCUGCUCUUCAUAAAAUAUUUUAAGUAGCUAUACCAAUUCCUUGGACAUUUUAUGCAUUUAACUAAUAAAAUGUGCCUACAUAAAAGUUCUUGUAACGCAAGUGAUUGAGUAUACUUAGUAAGAAAAAAGAGAAUGAACAUGGGAGCUUUGCAACAGAAGAAUUAAUUUUCUCAUUUAUUUCAAUGGUGUUUUGCCAGUGAUGAAGCUCAUCAUUUCCUAGGUGCACCUAAGUCUAAAGUUAUGUUUGAGAUAGCAACUUUUACAAUACCCCUACACUACCUGUAGAUGUCUAUAUACAGAACACAAUUUUACUAAUAAACCAUUAUUUCUGAGUUCCUGCAAUCACAAUGUACAAUGCUAAAAAGCAUACUACAAGGUAAUCAGUUCUCCUUUGGAAAAAGUGGAGCGAAUUACACACAAAUUGAAAAGAGCAUUGUGCCCUCUGUGUUGUUAUGGUCAGGAGGACCAAAGAAGCUCCCCUCAGUCAUUUGCUGCCCUUUAAGAUCUGUUCACUUGUGGUGAUCAGAUUUAUUCUAGUGAUAACUGAGAUUUAAUUCCAAUAUUGACAGUGCUUUCUACAGCAAAAAAGGGUAAUUCAAUAGUAAAUCCAUAAGAAAGUGCUACCAUUAAAGACCACUUUUUAAAAAUCCUAUAUGUUUUAUUAUGACAUGAUUUCCUGGUUUUGUGCUUACAUAGUUGAAUGAAAUGUCUGUAGAUUUUGUGUUUUACUAAUAGUAUUAUGUUCAAACUAUCACAAAAAUCACAACUGUAAAAAAAUUAAAUCCGUGGAUGAAAAAGAAUAGCAAGUAGUAUUAUAUUGAUGUAGCAGAUUAGAUAGUAAAGGAUGCAAUGCAGAGACAAUUGGAAUCAGCAGGAAAAUACAUUAAUGCUUUAAAGGAUGUGGAGUACAGUACACCCACUUUGUUUUAUGCACUGUUAUCUCUGUGUAAUGGGGAAAUAAAAAUACCACAUACAUAUUGUUAGCCAGAUUUUAAUAUUGUAUUGGUAUCCUCAAAAUUAAUAAAAUUAGUUUGUAAAUUCUUUAAA